GGAGUGCGCACAUCGGUUGCUGCACUCAACCAGCAGGUUGCUGCACCGGCCGGCAGCCGUGUCGUUUCUCAUCUCCUAGUUGCUCUCUCCACUUUUUUUUUUUCUCUUGUUUUUUUUGGGGUGGUCUAACCGACAACCUGCUGAUGGAGAUGAUCUCUUUCCCCGCAGGAUAUUCAUCUGGGGUGGCACAAGUUUAUGUGCUCCUUAUUGUGGCUUGCGUCUUGUCGGCUGCUAACGUGACGGAAGUGUCGCCCUCGUGCCCUCUUGGCUUCUUCCCGUGCGGCAACCUGACCAUGUGUCUGCCUCAAGUGCUGCACUGCAACGGUGCCGAUGACUGUGGGAACCAAGCGGACGAGGAGAACUGCGGAGAUAACAACGGAUGGCCGCACCUCUUUGAUAAGUUCUUUGGAAUGCCGAACCACAGUGACAGAACAAAGUCCAACGUGUGCCUGCUUGGCCUCAUUCCGGACUCGUGCCAGUGUCGGGAUCUGGAGCUGGACUGUGACGGCACGCAGCUCCGCGACGUGCCAGUGGUGGCUGUGAACGUCACCAUGAUGUCCUUGCAGAGGAACCACCUGCAGAAGCUGAAAGCAAACGCUUUCUUCAUUUACCAGAACCUGCAGAAACUAUAUCUGCAACACAAUGAGAUCGAAGAUGUCAGCCCAACUGCUUUCAGAGGACUGUACAAUCUCACCAGGCUAUAUCUGAACUACAACCGCAUUUCCAUGCUGAUGCCCGGUGUAUUCAGGGACCUGCAUAAACUGGAGUGGUUGAUCUUGGAGAACAAUAACAUACAUCACAUCUCGUCCAACGCUUUUUCAGGACUCAACUCACUGGUCUUGCUGGCUUUGCUGAACAACACUCUGACAAAGCUAGAUGACAUUUGUCGUGAGAUGGCCAGACUCAACUGGCUGGAUUUGGAGGGAAACUUGAUCGAGACCUUGGAGAAUGUGUCGUUCUACUCUUGCAGUAUGCUGACAGUCUUGGUUCUCCAGCGCAACAGGAUCAGCUACAUACAUGAGCAAGCCUUUUCGGUCCUCCAAAAGCUUGGAGAGUUGGAUCUGUCGAGCAACAGACUGAUGAAGAUCCCACUUAAUCUCUUCUUCCCUCUUGGGGAUUUGCUUCAACUAAACAUUUCAUACAAUCCCAUCAGAGAGCUGCAGGUGGACCACUUUGACAAGCUACUUAAACUGAAGUCCUUGAGCAUCGAGGGCAUCGAAAUUGCCAACAUCCAAGGCCGAAUGUUCGAGCCUCUUAAAUACUUGACCCACAUCUACUUCAAAAAGUUCCAGUACUGCGGCUAUGCGCCUCACGUGCGCAGCUGCAAGCCCAACACGGACGGCAUCUCGUCUUUCGAAGACCUGCUGGCCAACAUCGUCCUGAGGGUCUUCGUCUGGGUGGUCUCGGCCACCACUUGCUUCGGCAACAUCUUUGUCAUCUGCAUGCGCUCGUACAUUCGCUCCGAGAACAAGCUACACGCCAUGUGCAUCAUCUCCCUCUGCUGCGCAGAUGGGUUGAUGGGCAUCUACCUGUUCAUGAUCGGGGCGUACGACCUGAAGUUCCGCGGCGAAUACAACCGACACGCCCAGGCCUGGAUGGACAGCGGCCAGUGCCAGGUGAUCGGCUCCCUGGCCAUGCUGUCCACCGAGGUGUCGGUCCUGCUGCUCACUUACCUGACUCUGGAGAAGUACAUCUGCAUCGUGUACCCCUUCCGUUACCUGACGCCAGGUUGGCGCCGUACCGUGACGGUGCUCCUGGGCAUCUGGGUGUUCGGCUUCAUGGUGGCAUUCCUGCCCCUGGCCUUCAAGGGGCUUUUCCGGAACUUCUAUGGUACCAACGGUGUGUGCUUCCCACUGCACUCGGAGCAGCCCGAGACGCUCUGGGCACACGUUUACUCCAUCGUCAUCUUCCUGGGUUUGAACCUUGUAGCAUUCCUGAUCAUCGUGCUGUCAUACGCCAGCAUGUUCUACAACAUCCAGCGCACGGGUACGCAGACCACCAAGUACAGCAACCACAUCAAGAAGGAGGUGACCAUCGCCAAACGCUUCUUCUCCAUCGUCAUGACAGACUCCCUUUGCUGGAUCCCCAUUUUCGUCCUCAAGAUACUGUCCUUGCUGCAGGUGGAGAUUCCCGGCACAAUUACCUCAUGGGUGGUCAUAUUCAUCCUGCCCAUCAACAGUGCCCUUAACCCCAUCCUUUACACCCUGACCACCCGCCCCUUCAAGGAGACCCUGAUGCAGGUGUGGGCCAACUAUAGGCAGCGUAGGCCAGUGGUAGCAAGUCACCCCAUCCAUCAGCCCUCGCUCACCUGGCAGGAAAUGUGGCCACUGCAGGACUCCAGCCCAGCGGAGGGACGUCAUAGAGAUGGGACCGAGGCCAACCCCGCUAAGCUAGUCAGCCGCGUGGAAAAUGACACUGGCGUUCCCGUGUGAAUCCGCUACGGAGUCAGCGGCGGUGCGCUCGAUUGGAAAUGAACUGUUUGGGCGCUGACCUCGACCAAGUUUGAGCAAUCUUGAUUAUGUGGCAAAUUUGCAAGUUGACUUGAACAACACAUCCUACGUUGGUACCUUCCACACAUGAAAGCAAGUCAGCAAAACAUCAGGGAAAAAAAGCAGUGUGAUAGCCAGCAUGAGUCUUUUUAGAGACUCCUAUCACAGCAGAGCUAGUUCAUGGUUCGUCGUUUUAUGUCCUUUUUAAUCUUCUUCUUUCGGCACAGCAUAUCAGUCGUUUCCAUCUCACUCUAUCCUCUGUAUCUUCUUCUGUCACGCCAGCCACCUGCAUGUCCUCCCUCACCACAUCCAUACAUUUCCUCUUUGGCCUUCCUCUUCUCCUAAGCACACGUCCAAGCCAUCUCAUUCUCGUCUCUCUGACUUUGUCUCCAAACCGUCCCACCUGAGCUGUUCCUCUAAUAUGUUCAUUCCUAAUACUGUCCGUCUCUAAGCCACGCAACAUAGCUGGACGCACUACUGCCUUGUAGACUUUCCCCUUCAUGCUUGCAGAUCACUCUUGCCACAUUUCUCCACCCACUCCAUCUGCCAGCACUCUCUUCUCCACCUUUCUGCCACACUUUCCAUUACUUUGGACAGUUGACCCCAGGUCAUUUAAACUCAUCCACUUUCACUCAUAAAGUUUCUUGUUCUUUUUAAUAUUGGUAUGUACCAAUCUUUCAGGCUUCACAAUGCAUGGAAAGAUUAUUUCUAAUCAAUUUCACUGUGGCCUUGGUUGUACGGAUUUUGGUUUGUGCAAUAAAAAUGAAGCUAAGAAAAGCAAAGUAACUCAAUCAAGAUGUCCACCAUCGCCUGUGCCCGCUGAAUUUGACCUUGCUGUAUUUUGUUCUGGAAUCAAAGUUACAACACAAAAUUGGAGGAUUUUUUUUUUUUUUUAAUCAAAAGCAUCCGCAUACAGGUUUCUACGAGGUGAUUAGAAAGAAGAACAAAUACUUUGCGUUCACUCACAAUAUUACACUUUAGGGGCUUUGUAAGUUACAAUAGGCAAAUAAAAUGAGGAGAUUACUUCCAGAUUCAUAAAACCCCCAAUAACUGUACAGGCAAUGGUUUAACCCGUGUGUUAUUUUAGGGGUCAAAAUGAUUCCAGUUAAAUUAUAUAUUUAUUUAAAAUGUUUUUAGAAAUUAGGAUAUGGCCUCAUUAUUUUCUUUUCAAUUUUCUUUUCUUUAUUAUAUAUUUUUCUAUGCAUUAGUUUUGAAUAUAUUUAGUGGGUCACACAAAUUAACCAGCAUAGGAACAUUACCAUUACCAAUGUGCUCAUGUAGCAAGACACACCUGGCCACCUGCGAGUGUUGCAGGAAAAGACAAAAAAUGUCAAAUGAAAUUACAUCUUACAUACCUUAGCCUUCGGCAAGUUCCAUUCCGACUCUGACUGAUUUUUACAUUUAUUGUUAAUAUAAUCAAUGUCUUUGUUGUUUUGCAACUGAAGCAGCAGCUACCUCGGCUUGUUGGAAUGCUUCCACAGCGGCCUUGAAGGAACUCAGAAAGUGACAUUCUAUAUAUAUGUCUGUUCAUUUCAGUUGUGUUUAAAAUGCAGUGUGCCCAAUUUACUUCAUAACAAACUGCUCGUCCAAAUUGAUUAAUACAUCUUGUCGAAUUAAAAUGAAAUGAGAAAUAAUGUUUUGGUGACUCGCUAUGUUGGUUAAUCAAUUUUCCUCAAGCUUUCAAGGAUUACCUCAAAUCAAUGAUGGAGCGAGGUCAUGUAUUUUGAAUUAAAUGCGGUGACAUCGUACAAAAUGUAAUUCAAUAAUUUGCUAGCGACAAAUCUGAGGAUGCACAAAACACAACUUUUAAUUUAACUUAAAGUGAAAGUCAACUCCUUAGUUACAAAAUAUUGAAUAAUCUAGUUUAAGUAACAUCCAGCAGGUAUGGUUAUUUUUCUACAGAUUUCAUUGCAUUGCUUGGUCAUGCUUUCAAAAUGUUUUAAUAGGAUUUUAUGGGAUUUUUGGUUACAUUCCCCAGCUGGACUGGGCUUUGGUUGUGGAUCAUGACAACAUAUUUUUGCAUUGGAUGCUUUGCUCUUAGCACACUGUGUUAUAUGAAUUCCAAUGGAAAUCAUCUUCUCUCCAGACUAUAUAUAAUAUAAACAUUUGUUGCUGAUUUUUCCUUGCUCAGCAUUUUACUCAAUGACUGUUUAUCUGCUAGUUCUUGAAUUAAUGUCUGUGGGGAUUGUUGAUGGAUUUAUUUGAUGUGUGUCGUGGCUUUAAUUGUUGUCUGUACUGUGACAAA